GUUGUGUAAGUGCUCAUGUAAAACCCCACACGAUCAGUCUGAUACGAAAUUGGGCACAGUUUCGACGAUGGAAAAGUCCUUAGAUUCUCAUUUAGAUGACAUCAUGUCUGAACAUGGCGUCAUUGGAGUACUAUGUAGCGAUCAACAAGGCCUUGCUUUGUCAGUUAAGGGUACUGCAAAUCCCAUGUCUGCAGGACUCAUUUCCACAUUGGCAGAAGAUGCAAAGAAAUUAUAUCCAGAUGCUGUACCAGUCAUCUGUUUAGAGUCAGAUGCAUGUAAUCUGCUUGUGAGAUCAGAAGGAAAUGUCACAGUUGCCAUCCAUAAAGUUCCCUCAUAAACACACAAUAAUUUGCCUGUAUAUUUUUUUGCCCCAAACACGUUUUUGUAAAUGAACUUUUAAUUAAUUCUACAAUUAAAUGAGUGAUUGAAUAACUUUAUUUCCAGUUGAAUCUGUUGUUAAUGCAUGGAAUGCAGGCAAGGAUAGCAUGCUUGGCUAAUUUUCAAGGAGUUACUGAAUAAUUAAGCAACAUAUUGUCGUGAAAGAUAAAAUUUCUCAGGCAGGGGGGUCCUUCUUGAAUUACCGGGUAAGCUGGGUGAAAGGUGUGAUAUGGUUCAUGCAAGGUUAUCUUAUUACUAUGGAUUAUCAGGGCGUUUACAACCAUGUAGCCAGUAGCCUUGAAUUUCCAAAUGUCUCUCUUAUCUUUCAAAUCUUUUGAGAGGUCAGGGGUCACUUAAAUUUUGUAGUCACAUGUACAUUUUUGUCCGCGAGUGUUACUGGUAUGUGCAUUUAAUCAAGUUUAUGUUUGAGGGCAUAAAUAUGUUUUGGGCCCAGCUUAGUGUCAUUUUGUCUGAGUCACUGGGUGAGGGUUACCAUGAUUCUGACUAGGGCCAAAAACAUAUUUAUGCUGCAGAACAUUAACUAUAAUUAUGAUAACUUUGAAGGACAUUGGGAAAGUAAUAACUGAAAAAUGACAACAAAGCAUUCUGCACAAUUAUGCAGGUGUGUGAGCAUAUUAUGCUUACAAAAUGUGCCACUGAGAGGUUUCCUCAUCAGUGAAGCAAGUAGAGUCUUGAGUGACGUCAAUUUGCUUCAUGGAUUGAUUUCUUAUUGUAAAUUGAUCCUAGUGCUAGUUUUAACAAAGAAGCAAGUUUUUUUGGAAAAAUCAAUUUUUCAGGAUUAAGCAAUCAAAUAGGUCUAUUUAAUGUAAAAUCAGGUGAAAAAGUUAGGGUUAGGUAUCUUUUAGGGUUAGGGUUAACCAUCCUUUUAACUUUUAUCUCAAAGAGGUACAAGAAAUUUUUAAUUUUUUUUCUUUAGUAAUUGUUCAAAUAGAGUAAUCUUCAAAUGGAUUGACAGGGAACUCUUGAGGAAAGUUUCAAAAGAAUCAUUUGGUAACUUUUACUCCAGAGGAAUAAUCUUAAAACUACAUCUACAUUUACUUUUAUUGAUCAACAAUGCUUUUGCAUCAAGUCAAUAUAAAUAAAAUGAAAUACAAAUUAAAAAUUACUUUGAUAAAAUCCAUAAUAAUAAAAAUAUGUAAAUAUACA